AUGGCCAAGAGAACAUUAGGACUAGGUAAAGCUGCCAAGCAGAAAAAACAGAAGAUCUCUUCUGAAACCCCUGAGAAGUCAGCGAGUCCUGACAUUCAGUCUAAGGGAAAUGAGAUCCAUGUCGAGCUUGACGAAGAAGUGGAUCCAGAUGAUGAAUUGAACCAGCUAAAGGGGUUAUGGUUGACAUAUGUUAAGGGAGAUAGAGACAACGAAAUGGUGCUAAACGGAAUCAUCCAUGAAUGUGACCGGUUGUUGAGAAACCAAUCAGAGGAGGCCAAGUUACCAGCCGAGUUCCAUUCAACUUAUGCCCUUGCUCUGUCAGACUUGGCCAAUUUCCACACAGAAGACAGUGCUGACUCCAAUAUCAAACAGUACUUUGAUGCGGCAUUAGAGAGAAUAUCUCUGGGACAAGACGUUUACCCUGAUUCUAUAGAGUUAGGAUUUGCCCUGGCAAAUGUCAUCUUUGCAAGAAUCCCCAUGGAGUUCAUCUCGAAAUGGAAUGUUGACUCGAAGAAAUCCUCAGACAGUGUUGACUUGAAGGCAUUGAUCACAGAGGCUCUUGAAAGCUAUGAAAAGAGUGAGGAAUCCGUUAAACUGCUGAAGAACUAUUCGCUUUUGGACAACAAUGUUUUUGAAACUCUGAAAGCGUUUGACGAUUUGUUGGAGAUUGUGAACAAUUUUGGCCAAGAGGACUCCUUAGCUGAAGGUCUGGACAGUGAUGAUGAGGAAGAACAAGAAGUCAAAGAGAUUAAGCUCUCCAAGAAGCAUCCGCUGUAUGAGGUUUAUCACAGAUCAUCUGAUAAGUACUUCCAAUGGCUUGUAAAGCAUGGAUCUGAAUUUGGAACUCUUGUUAACGAUGAUUUGAAGCAUUUGUUAAAGAAGACUGACGAGCUAAGCACCAAGGAAACCCGCCAGCUGGAAUUCCUCAAACAAGUCUCGGCCUGGUGUGGUCAGCUGUUAUUACAAGCAGCGGAGAAGCCAUCCCAAAUCUUCACGGCCAUCACGUACGAUGAUGGUGAGCCUGAGAUUGAGGGAUACACCGCAGCUAAAGCACAAGAGGAAGCACAGAGCUAUAUAAAACAGGCAGUGAAGUUUUUUGAGAAUGCGGAAGAAGAGGAGGAUCCAAAGACCUGGGUUGACGUUGCUGAGGCCUUAAUCGACCUCGGAAACGUGUACGAUUAUGAGUCAAAAGACCAGAUCGCUACGUAUGCCUUAGCAGAGAAGAGACUCAGAAGGGCAAACAACGCCACGAACGGAAAGUACCAGGAAAUCCUCGAUAAUCUGUUGAGCAACGAUGAUUAGAACCAUAUGUAAUCCAUAUAUAUUGUACUUGUAUACAUGCAUCGAAGAUACAACGGGUUGUUUUG